CAGCAUAAGCGUCCUUUUUUCGUUUCUAGCCACCACCAGCGUAGUUGUGGCUUGUUCUCGAGAAGAUAAGAAAUGAAGCCUCCAAAGGACCUUCACGGUGGCCUGUCAGUGAGCUGGCCAUCGUCUUCAGCAACUGCGAAGAGAGCUGUUCUUUCCACAACAAAGGAAAAACGCUCAACUCUUGCCGAACCUGAAAAGUCUGACAAAAUCUCCGUCAUGAACUUUGUUCCUCGUUUAGACGGAGGCGGAGAUUCUAUAAAUUUGGGAGAAUUCAGUGAGGUCAAGGUGCCUCCUCCACCCCUCGCAUUUGAUAAGGCAAGAAAAACUUCGACCAGUGUUUCAUAUCUUGCUGAAGACUUGGCCAAAAUAAAAACACGUCAACUGAACCUCAAACAGUUUGCACAAACAUCAUUUCCGACACAAUUGUUAAAAUCACCAACGUUGUUGGCAGGAGGAACUACGCAACAAUACGUCCUGGACGAGAAAAAAUCCACAUCUGAUGAUAAAGUGAUGGAAAAAAUAGACCCAGUAGUUGAUAAGUUGUACACUUUGAGUCGUCGAUUGGGAAAAGGGGCGUAUGGCGUUGUUUGGGAGGCAAUGGAGAAGCGGAGUGGACGAAAGGUUGCUCUCAAGAAGAUUUUUGAAGCAUUUAGAAAUACAACAGAUUCUCAAAGGACGUAUCGAGAGGUCGUGUUUCUCAAGGCAUUUGGUCACCAUCCAAACAUAAUUAGCAUAAUUGGAGGUCACCCUGCUGUUAAUUCUUUAGACCUGUACAUCGUCUUUCCCCUAAUGAAGUUUGAUUUAUACAAGAUCAUUGAGCGAAAUCCAGAGCGUUUGACAGAGACCAGCACGAGACGCGUAGCAUAUCAACUGACUCUCGCCCUCAACUAUUUACACUCUGCCCAAAUAAUUCACAGAGACCUUAAGCCGGCAAAUAUACUUCUGGAUGAAAGGUUGAAUGUAAAACUCGCUGAUUUGGGCUUGGCCAGAUCGCUUCCUGCAGAUUUUGAACUGGAUUUGACAGGUCAGACAGAUGGGGAUCCUCAGCUCACAGACUAUGUCGCAACAAGAUGGUAUAGACCCCCAGAGAUCAUCGUUUCCAGCCGAGUAUACUCUAAAUUCAUGGACAUGUGGGCGUUUGGGUGCAUUCUAGGGGAAAUGUUAUUGAAAAGAGUGCUUUUUGCUGGAGAAUCGACUAGCCACCAAUUACAGCUUAUAAUGACAACAAUCAUCACUCCAGACAAUAAUGAAAUUGAAGAUUUGUGCAAAUUUGUUGACCACCAGAAUGUAGACAUAAUUAAGAGUUUUAUCAAACAACGGGGUCCAUCCAUCGCAGACAUUUUCCAAAACUUUGACUGUUCUACAGUGGACAUAAUUGAGAGACUUUUGCACUUCUCACCUGCUCAUCGACUAACCGUGGAAGAGGUGCUGAAUCAUCCUUACAUGCAAAAUGUAAGAGACACCUCCAAGGAAAUGCGAGCUCCAGGACCUUUUCAUCCUCCACUAAAUGACUGCCUGAAACUAGAUAUAGUUGACUAUCAAAACGCAUUGUACAGCAUGAUUGACCGAAAGGAAAUGAUUAGUGACCUUAAUCCAUUUGGUGUUGGUCUCAAUAAUUUCUCAUCGUCCUACGCGUCGUUAUCCCAUUUGAAAUCAAAAUACUAUCCACAUCAAGCUGAUGACGAUGAGUUUGUAGAUUCUACCACAGACACUGACGGGGAGGAGGAUUUACUCAAAACCAUUCGUUCAGAAAAUGAAGGUCACCCAACUGAGGAACCCUUUGCAAACUUUGACAAUGACACCGACACCGUGGAUGGUUAUACAAAUUUUAGGACGGAACCAGCCGAUAACAACUUGUUGGACUCUAGCCACGGACACGGGGUCUAUCAUCUUGACUUGGAACUUCAAAAUCAGUAUGAAAACUUGGACGUGUCUUCUAUUCCUGUUCCAAGCUCAUUUCGUCAAGCCCCCAACGUUUCACCACGCACAAGCAGCAGUAGUAGCAGCGCUGGUGAGCAGUUCUCAACAUGGACGACCCCAUCAAUUCCAGCAACCAAGUCCGUCUCUGACUCAACAACGUUGUUAACAAAUACUAGUCCGUCUGAAGCAAAAAGAUACGGAGGUUCCAAAAAUAUUUCAAUUCUGACAAUGCCAUCAGGCAAACGAGAAGAUGGUGGUGACGAUGAUGAGAAACCAGAAGCGUUCAAAAAGUUUGAGCUUCUUUGUCAAAAACAUGACGUGAGUGUUGAGGAAUAUGGCGAUCUUUGCUGGAAAACGGAUAAUGUCAAGACCCCGUUAAAGGUUGACAUGAGGAAUACCGUCAAGAAAUUUGAACAAUCUCGUGAAGUAUCAAUAAGUGGAGAAAGCCAGUACGACUACUUGCCUCAGUCUAUGUUUCAAAAAGCAGUGACGAGCAACCCAAUGACGUCUUUGCCGAAUCGGAAAGGCAAUGUGAACCCACCACCAUCGCGAUCUGGAUUUGAAGGUCAGGGCCAGGGUGACACGUUUGGAGAUAAUUUUGAUACUUGCGACUAUACAGAAGACUUUACCCGAAUUAAAAACACAAUGGCAAGAAAAACGGGUGCCGGUGAAGCAACCGAUGCGUUUGUAAAUCCCUACAAACCUAAAGGACUCAAGACGUUUGCAGCCUCUUCCACGUAUGACAAUGACAAUGCUGGUGUGGAAGACGACGACUGGGAAACUUCACAGGCAGAUGACUUUUUCCAACAGUGGGGUCCAAAGACAGAUCUGAGGUACAGCAAGUCCCUACCUCAAGUUAACAACAAUCGGAAUGCGAAUACCAGACAGACGAAAGUACUGGACAAGUUACCGGGCAUCGGAGAAUUCAGGCCCAACAGUAACUCCCUAACUAGUUUUACAAAUAAGGAAAAGCUUGCGACCAGAAAGACUUCUAAUCUUCUUGCGUUAAAAGGAUCAACAACAUUUACCAAUGAAUCGGUUGGAGGGAGCAAUAGAUUAACUGGAUUUGAGAGUAAGGGCACUCGGGUCACCCUAUCACAGUCGCAAGAUUCCAUUUAUAAGAGUAAUGUGGUCAACAAUAAUAAAACCAAUAAGACUCUCAACGGUCACUCAACCGAAGAGAUAGUUCUCACCAACGGGAGAAAGAAGGUUCGAAACCCAGAAGGUAUCAAAGACACUGCAAAAGUCAAGUUUGCCUUCAACCCUUACGCCCGUGUUGAGGAAGGGCCAGUUGAACCUCAGCCACGACGACCCUUCGGAGGCCGAUCUUACAACAAAGGUUUUCAGGGUCCCUCAUUCAAGAAAAAUGCAGAUCAGCGACAACCUCAUUCUUUUUCGGACACGGAGGUUGCAGUGGCCAACUCGUCACACGUCGGAUACAACGCGUAUGCCAGGCUGCCCAGUCAAGGGGGUCAUCGUUCUCAUGGACGAAGCUCAUCAGCUUACUUUCCAGGCAUCCCUUCCCAACGACCAGUCCUUAAAGGACCAUACCAGAACACAACUACACCUUCCAUUAAUAAGAAUGGGUUCGAAUCAGUUCAAAUGGCUUCGGCAUCCAACUUUGGCAAUCAUCAACAGCGUUUCUCUCGUCCUCGUCAUAUCCUCAAUAAAACUGGAACUCACUAUGGUGGACAUUCUUCAUUGAAGAAUCCUACUUCCACAAUUGGAGAUUUUGACAAACCUGACUCGUCCACUAUCAGAGCAUCGGAAUUAUUUAAGCUGAGAAACAGUUUGCCUUUGGGACCGAAGGGAUCUGGAACCGGCAGAAAGUAUUUGUAAACAAAAUGUGAACAAUGAAUUAUUAAUAUUACGCUUGAUACAAUAUGAACAGUUAUGCAUCCAUAAAUUAGUGUAAAACUAUAAUAAAAGUACUGACGAGUUGUAAAAUAAUGAACAA